UCGGCUCCUUUCUUCCCACUCGCCCAAAAUUCAUCCUUCUUGCUCAUACUCUCUUGAAUCCCCACCCAACAAAGAAGACAAAGUUUGAAUCCCUAUCUGCACCGGUCCCGCCUACGUCGCCGGCGAGCUCGAAGACGAAGGAAACCCCCAAUGAGUGACGUAGGUAUGUUUGAUUUUUUUCCCAAAUCUGCCACUGUGUCGUUUUUUCCUUGGCAUCAAUGUCGUUUUUUCUUUAGAAAUAUGUGAAGCAGAUUGAGUAUUGAUUCUACAGUUAAAAGUGUUCUGAUUAUUGAUUCUACAUUGUUGUAUCAACCAUCAUGAUGAAUUGAACGUUAUGGUCUUCUGUUUUAUUUUAUUUUUUUAUUUUGUGUCUUGUUUUGGAUGUAUCCUCCCCAUCAAUGGUGUUUUUGUUUCUGAGAGUGAAGGGCUUUCAAAAUCUUGGGAUCAAUUGGAUAAUGUAUCCGUAUGUCAUUGUUCUGGAAGGAUGAGUUGUGGAAGAUUCUCGGAGGAUAAUAACUUGGAAGUUCUCCUUCAUCCAAAAAUAAAUGUUUAUAUGUUGAAGUUUGAACUUUGUCUAGGGAUUGAGUAAUCUCCUCAACCUGUUUAGCAUUAAAGGUUUUCCUUUUAUCUACAAUUGGUUUCAAGUUUGCAUAAUUAGUGGAGUUACGUUAGGUAGCUGAUAAUCAAAGCAAAAAUUAUUGGAUCUUUGUCAUGUGUUCAAGACAAAAUGCCAUUGGGGCUAACACUUGCAAUGCUUUGUAUCUCGCUCUAGUGCUAAGAAAAUAAGUUAGGCUUGUUUAACUAUUGUGCUAUGUAGUGAUAAAUUUGCAAGGGUUCUUGUGUUGCAUUUUAUAAAUGGAUGCAAGCAAAAAAAGUUAACCCAAGACCAGAUGCUUAGAGUUGUUGAUUAGGGAGCGAGAAUUUAUGCAAUCAAUCUCAUAUAAUGUGAUUAAGGUUUGAGACAAUGAUGAUGUUUUUGUUCUAUGUAUUAUUGGUGCUUGUAGGGGUUUAGAGGGGAGACGAGUUGAUUUUAUUUGUUCUAUGUAUAUCCAAUGGCUAUAAUACACCCUCCAUAUAUAUGUUUUUUCAUAUCAAGGGAAAUAAUCCUUUGUGCAUGCUCAUUACUAGUCUAGCACACUCUAAUUGUUGUAACAGAAAUGAGAAUUCAAUUUAGCUAGUUUGGAUGUAGUCCAUUGAGUUUCUUUGUUUGCAAUUGAAGAACUUGUGAUACCCUGGAUUUCCUGAAUUGGGCUCUGAGUGUGUUUUGAGUACUCAGGUGAUGUUAGCUUAAAUUGACCAUUUUUGUCAAAAAUGUGGGACUGACUGCUACUCUGUCUUGAGCUUUAUAUAUUAUUUCUCUCCUGCCUUCUAUAAUGAAAGUGACUCUCUCUCUCUCUGGUUGCUUGAUUGAUUUUGCUGAAUCACUUGCUCGAGUCAGAAUCCCUGAUCAUGAUGCACGUUGGUAGUUAUGAUUUGCUUCAAUUGCUGCUUUUCUGUUCAUUCUCCUUAGGCUGAACUUAUAGUUUUGUCCCUGUUGGACUGUUCAUUAAUUUGUUUUUUUGUACUUGGUUGGUUGGUUGGUUCUACUGUGGUGUCGUAAAUAUUGAUUUAUUUGGUACAAAGUGGAUUCGGACUUUAGUGAUAGGAUUGCUAAUUUUCUCGGUUUGUUACCAUGAAAAUUUCUCUAAAUGGUAACUUUUUCACUUAAAAUUAGAGAAAAAUGCAAAUUAUUCAAAUGUGGUUUGCUUGAUUUAUGAGAAAAUUAGUGAUAAAAAACAAGAAAAACAGAAUGUAUGUGGAUAAUGCAAAUUAUGCAGCUAACAUUGUAUUCUCAUAUGAUUGUACCUUGUUUUGAUCUAGGAAAUAAUAUUGUGCUUGCGGAAUCUUUUGAAAAUAAUGAGGAAAUUUUCAAAGAUAAUGAGGAAAUUUUCGAAAAUAAUGAGUGUCAUGCGUUAAAUGACGAAUUGCCAGGAGAGCAUAGUGAUCUUGUCCCUAAGGUUGGAAUGAAGUUUAAUAACGAGAAUGAAGUUUUUGAAUUUUACAAAAGAUAUGCUUAUCAUGUGGGUUUUCCUGUUAAAAAAAGAAGUUCAAAGAAGGAUGAUGAUGGGGUGGUAAUAUAUGCAGCAUAUGCAUGUAGUCGAGAAGGCAAAAGAACUAGUAAAACUAGCACCUCUCUUAAGCCUCGACCAACUAUUCAAUUAGGGUGUAAAGCUAGGAUGACAGCCUGUUCAGAUGUUUUAGGAACAUGGCAAAUAAGCACAGUCCAUCUUGAGCAUAACCAUAAAACAAGUCCUACCAAAUCUAGGUUGUAUCGAUGCAAUAGACAGUUGAGCGAACAUGUGAAGCGGAAGCUUGAAAUGAAUGAUAUAGCUGGAAUUCCAUUACACAAAAGUUAUAACUCAAUUGUUGUUGAAGCUGGUGGACAUGAGAAGCUGACGUUUGUGGAAAAGGAUUGCAGAAAUUACAUUGAUAAAGUUAGGAGGUUAAGAAGUGGGGAAAGAGAUGUUGUUGUUCUUCAAGCUUACUUUUUGAAAAUGCAAGCCCUUUGUCCGGGCUUUUACUUUAGUGUGGAUUUAGAUGAAAAGUGUCAAUUGAAGAACGCAUUUUGGGCUGAUAAUAGGUGUAGACAUGCAUACAAGGAAUUCAACGAUGUUGUGACAUUUGACACCACAUACCUAACCAAUAGGUAUGACAUGCCGUUUGCUCCAUUCGUUGGUGUAAAUCACCACGGACAGUCGACAUUGCUUGGGUGUGGUAUAGUUUCCAAUGAAGACACCGAGACUUUUGUGUGGUUGUUUAGGACAUGGCUUGAGUGCAUGGAAGAUCAGGCUCCCGCAGGAAUAAUCACUGAUCAGGAUAGGGCUAUACAAAAUGCAAUUGAGAUAGUCUUCCCUAAUACGAAACAUAGAUGGUGUUUAUGGCAUAUAUUGAAGAAGUUGUCUGAAAAUUUUGAGAACCAUAGGUGUAAGGCUUUAAUUCUUUCUGUCGUACAUGAUGUGGUCUUUGAAUCACAGAGUCCUGAAGAAUUUGAGCAGGGUUGGAGUUCAAUGAUUGAAAAAUAUACACUGCAUGAUAACGAUUGGUUGUUUGGACUUUAUAGAGAAAGAGGUCGUUGGGUACCAUGUUUCUUGAAAACUAGUUUUUGGGCAGGGAUGUCAAUAACGCAGCGGAGUGAGGGUAUGAAUGCAUUCUUAGAUGGAUAUGUACACUCGAAAACCUCAUUGAAGCAAUUUGUUGAACAGUAUGAGCGAGCAUUGAGGUGUAAAGUUGAAAAGGAGUUUCAGGCAGACGUGAAAUCAUUUUCUCAGAUGGUCCCAUGUGCAUCAAGGUAUGUGAUGGAGAAACAAUUUCAAGAAGUGUACACAAUUUCAAAAUUCAAGGAGUUUCAGGAAGAGUUCACUGGAAAGAUGUAUUGCGAGGUUGUGUCUACUGAAGAGGGACCAUUGGGUACGAGGUACAACAUACGAGAAGAUAUCAUCUUUGACGAAAGAGUAAAGGAAAAAAAGUUUGCAGUUGUGUUUGAGAAAGAGAAAUGUGAAAUUGUUUGCAGUUGUCACAUGUUCGAGUUUAGGGGAAUAAUUUGCAGACAUGUUGUCACAGUAUUAAUCCGAAAUGGUGUGAGAUCAAUUCCUGAAAGGUAUGUCUUAAGGCGAUGGAGGAGAGAUGUGAGUAGAUCUUACACGCGGGUUAAAAUCAAUUAUAACGGUUUGAUGUGUACUCCUGGGCAAUUAAGAUACGAUGAACUGUGCAGUGCGCUUGCCAAAGUAGCAAACUUGGUACCGGAUGACGAAGAACGAACACGGGCGACUAAGGAAUGGAUCGAAUCUCAAUUGAAUGCAUUGAUCAUGUCCAAUGCGAAGCCAAGCUCUGAUAGUAAUAUCUAUUCUCAACACAGUGUACAAGCAAGCUCUGAUUGUGGAGAGGUAGAAAUAGUUUCAAGUGGUCAAAUUUUGGAUCCAAGAUGCUCGCAAGCAAAGGAAGUCCCUAGGAAGCUUCGCGAAAAAGACCCAUUGGAAACAAGUACCAAGAAAGUUAAGGUGAGAUCUUCGAAAUCAAAUAAAAGCAAGGCCCCACAGCAAAAUAUAGUUCAAGAUGCUCAAGCAUUCAAUCAAUCUUUUUCACAAGAAGCACACUAUCACGUGCUUACACCAAUCUCAUACCCACAAUCAUUGAUGGGUGCUCCCUAUCAAACUUGGAAUGCAGCUCAGGGAGUGGAUAUUGUGCCUACUUUUGGUAGGGCUCAGUCCUUGAUGCCAAUGUGCACGCCCCAUCCACGGCCUGAUGAUAAUCAAGGCUCUCUCUAUCAUGGCAAUAAUAUGGGCUAGCUGCUUUCAUUUCCAGUGUCUUUGUAUCCACAUGUAGUCUAACUCAGAGACCGAUCAAAGGAAGGAAUGUGUUUGUAUUGAGAAGCUGUUGAAAACAAAUGAAUCAAUUGUGUUGUUUUUAAUCA